UAUCAGUUCCCGGGAUCCGGACAAACUUAUUGUGAAAUCUUAUUUUUUUAAUUAUUAUUUAAGAGUUACAAUAACAUUACAUUAAUUACAGUUUUUAAUUUUAAGAAACUAACUAUAAAAUGAAUUUCACUAGGGCUACCAAAAUAUUUCUUCGUCGAUAUGAAAAACCAUAUAAAAUGUCCAGUAAUUAUUAUGUGACAACAUCUACAUUGAAGACAGAACAAUGGUAUUGUCCUAAUAGAACUUCCAUCUCUAACAAUUUUGUACAAAAUCAUCAUCUUACUGCUAAACUCUUAUUUACAAAUCCCCAUGUCCGUAAUUUGUCUACUACUUCAACACAAUUUUCAGAAAAACCUUCUUCAAAAAUAGAAGAAACUGUAAAUGCUGUUAAAGAAAAAGCACAAAAGGAAACUGAUAAUCAAGUUGUUAAUAUAAAACCGAAAAAGUCAAUCAAACAAAAAGUUAUUGAUGAAGUAAUGCAUUAUUACCAUGGAUUUAAAUUAUUAGGACUUAAUAUAAAAAUAUCUUUUAAAUUGGCACUCAAAAAGAUGAAUGGAAAAGAACUUACUAGGAGAGAACAUAAUUUAUUAGUUCAAACUAUGGCUGACCUUUUCCGUCUAUUACCCUUUUCUGUUUUUAUUAUUAUACCUUUUAUGGAAUUUGCAUUACCAGUUUUCAUAAAGUUUUUCCCUGGAAUGUUGCCUACUACAUUUCAAACGUCACACGAUAAGGAAACAAAACUCAAACAAUCUCUCAAAGUAAAACUUGAAAUGGCUAAAUUUCUUCAAGAAACUCUCGACAAUAUGUCUGUAUCUGGAAAAGGACACACUUGUGAUUCUGCAAAAGAAUUUGCUGAUUUUUUUGACAAAGUAAGAAAAGAAGGUGUUGUUAUAUCAGCUGAUGAAAUUCUUAAGUUUUCAAAGCUCUUUAAAGAUGAAAUAACUCUUGAUUCUUUACCAAGGCCUCAGUUGGUUGCUCUAUGUCGAGUUCUUGAAUUACGUCCUAUAGGAACUUCUAACUUUUUGAAAUUCCAAUUAAAUUUGAAACUUAGAUCACUCGCAAUUGAUGACAAAAUGAUACAAAAAGAAGGGGUUGAAUCCCUAACUUUGAGUGAACUGCAACAAGCUUGCAAAUCUCGGGGUAUGCGUGCUUAUGGACUUACUGAAAAACGUCUAAGACAACAAUUGAUUCAAUGGCUUGAUUUGUCUCUAAAUGAAAAAGUGCCCCCAUCAUUACUUUUACUUUCAAGAGCUUUCAGCUUUACUGAAAAUAUUCCAACUAGUGAUUUAUUAAAGAAAGCUAUUUCUUCACUACCGGAGUCUGUUGGUGUAACUACUGAGGCUGAUUUAGGUGAGCGAGAAGGAACAAUAGACAACAAAGCUAAAUUACAAGCUAUUAAGGAAGAAGAACGUAAAGUGAAAGAAGAAAUGAAAGAACAUAUGGAAGAAAAACAAAAGGAAUUAGAACAAGCCAAAAAGAAAGAAUUAGAUGAAGCUAAAAAAGUUGCAUCUCAAGAAACAUUAGAAGAUUGUGCACCUAUAUUAUUAGAUACUACUGGAAUACAGAAAGAGAAAGAAGUAUCAUCAAAUGAUUUAAAAACUCUUGAGUGUGCAAUAGAAAAUUUAGAAGAAAAAAAACUUAUUGUUGAAAAAGAAGAGAUUAAAGAGUUGAAGGACGAACUUAAAGAUUACCAAGAAGAUGUUCAAGAUCUUCAAAAUGUUAUGAAAAGUGAAAAAAAAGAACAAGUUAAAGAAUCGAAAGCAGCUAAACGGUUAUUCAAAAAAGUUAAUAAUAUGAUAAAAAAUAUGGAUCUUGUUGUGAGUAAACUAGAAAAGAAAGAAAAGCAAAUUAAACAAGAUAUUGAAUUGAAAGAAUCUGAUGAAGAAAAAGUAGACAAGGAGAGUGAAUUGAUUAAAAUCGAUGAAAUUAUUGGUGCUGUGAGAAAGCUUCAAAAUAUUCCUGAUGAUUACAAACUUCAACAAAUAAGUGAAGUUUUAAGUAAAAUAGAUGAUGAUCAUGAUGGUUCUAUCCGUGUUGAUACUGUGUUAAAAGUAUUAGAGUUAAUUGGCACUGAAAACGUUAAGUUGUCAACUAAAGAAAUGGAUAUGAUAGCUGAGCUUGUUAUUAAAGAAGAAGAAAUGGAAACUAUUGAAAAGUUAAACAAAGUACAAAAAUUAGACAAGGAUGAUCAAAAAUUAGCUUCUAAAAAUAUGUCAUUCAAUGAUAAUUCUACUAGUAAAAUAACUAAAUCUAUUAUUGAUCCAAAAAUAUCUAAUGAUCAAAUAACUCCAAUUCCACCUGUAAGCUCAAAUAAAAGUGAUGAAGCUAAAAAAAUUUAAAUAUUGUUACGAGUUAAUGUUUAUACUAAAUAUGUGAUAUUUAUUUAACUAAAUUUCUAUAGUUUAUGUGA